AUGGACCAGCCCACACUCAACGCCCUCCUCCACAUCCACCACUCAGAACCAACGACGAUCUCAACACCCUCAACACCAGCAACCCCCUGCCCACACCCAAAACGGAGCACGAACCACAACCGACGGGCCUCCGUAGCCAUCAUCAUCCGAAUCGCACCCGACCCCACAUCCUCCCAGUCAUCCCCCACCAACUCACCAAGCUCAUCCCCGAAAUCAGAAUUCCAGCCGACCCAGCAAUCAUCCCUGCAUCCCAACGCAUCAGCCAGCCAAGAUGAUCUCUCCCACCAGCUCCGUCGGUUCUUCUCUCAAGCCUGGGUGCAGAGCGGCACCCCGGAGCUGUUCUUCAUCGAGCGGGCCACACGGGCGAGCGAUCGAUGGUCGGCCCAUCUGGCCUUCCCGGGCGGCCGGAUGGAGCCCGAGGACGAGGACGGGCUGUUCUGUGCGAUGAGAGAGACCUGGGAGGAGGUGGGCAUCGACCUGGCCGAGAAGGAGUUCAUCCCGCUCGGCAGACUCGACGACCGCGAGAUCACCACCAGUCUCGGCAAGCGCCUCCUCAUGGUCCUCAGCCCAUACGUCUUCCUCUCCACCCAUCCCGCCGGCGGGCCCCUCCCGACGCUCGAGCCCGCAGAGGUCACCGCGGCCUACUGGGUCCCCCUCCACUCCCUCGCCGGGCCCCAGACCAGGUGGGGCGAGAUGACCAUCGACCUCUCCUCCAGACUCGCCCCCUCCAGAGGCAAACUCAUCAGGUUCUUCCUCCGCUCCCUCGUCGGAUCCAUGCGCUUCCGUUCUAUCCUCCUCCCCCACAACCCGAUCGCCGAAGUCGAUCGGCCCCCAGCCAAAUCAGAAGACCCACCUCCCGAUCUCAACCUUUGGGGUCUCACCUUGGGAAUGACCCUUGACCUGCUCUCCUUCUUCAGAACCCCAAAUCACUCUCUGCCCGAUCACCCUAACCUGUUCAGAUCCCCCUCACUCGAACAUCUCAACGUCCCACCACACGAAAUCACACUGGUUGCGCCUAGCAUCACCAGCAUCUUCCCCCGAUUUACUCAUCCGGAUAUCAACGCAUUGAUUUGGUUAUUGGGAAGAAGAUACCGGAACUUGAUCAAACAAUGCCAGCAGCAACAAACGCGGACGAUCCGGGGGAGACCGCGCGCGGGAUCUCGUGGACCAGUCUGGCCAUGA